AUGGUGCCCGUGGAGGUGUGCCCAAGCUCAACACGAUAUUUAUUUCUGGGUGAGGCAGAUCUUGAUCGUCCACAGAGAGUAUUCACCUGGCCCGUGAUUUUUCUCCGCUCUGGAGUGGCCGACCCGGCUUUUCUUGCAAUUUUGGUCGGUAUGAACAAGAGAGGAUGUUGUGAGGUCGAAGUUCAUAGGACCCAGUCCGUACAGCUUACGGAUCACGUUACCAAUGCCACGAUCUGUGGUCACAUGAUCAUUAUAUCAGCUACCGGGGAUCUCGCUGUUGGCUAUGUCCUGGCUAUCGUUGUCCACUUGAUGGUCAUUCGAUCCCCAUAA